UAGUGUGUGCGUAUUUUACCAUAGGCGUGCCUUAGAGCCAACUCACAGAAUAUCACCUCAAGCUAAUAAACAACCAACAAGUUAGAGCUAAAACAGACAUAUCAUGGCGUCGUCCGUGACGACGGGAGCAGCAACGAUAGCCGCCGCCGAAUGCACUGUGCCCGCUUGUAUGUUCGCCCCGGAUCGGGGCUUCUGCGCCGCUGCAGACGACGAUGCAUGCGAGGGAGAAAGCUUGGAGGACAGCGAGGGCACCGAUGGCGAAUCGGCGGAAGUUUUGGAUUUAAGCAACAAGAUGGUCUUGGUGAGUCCGACAGGUGAACAGUACGACGCACUGCAGCGACAUCUACGGGCGCGGCUUGACGAGGGCUGCGGCGAGACCAUCUUCGUGGUUGGAAUGGGCUCAGAUGGCGGCGACUACGGCCUGAGCGACAGAGACAUGGAAGCGUCGGUGGCCACGGUGCAAUCACUGUGCGAGCAGGUGGAGGCCGACCUCAUCCCGCUGAGGGAGCGCACAGAGGUGGGCGGCAAGAUCUGCGACUACCUCAUCCGCCGCCGCGUGGGUGAGCAGGACUUCCUGGAAGUCAGGGUGGCGGUGGUGGGCAACGUGGACGCCGGCAAGAGCACGCUGCUGGGCGUCCUGACCCACGGCGAGCUGGACAACGGCCGUGGCUUCGCGCGCCAAAAGCUCUUCAGGCACAAGCACGAGAUGGAGAGCGGCCGGACCAGCAGCGUGGGCAACGACAUCCUGGGUUUCGACCACGAGGGCCAGGUGGUCAACAAGCCCGACAGCCACGGCGGAAGCCUGGACUGGACCAAGAUCUGCGAGAAGUCCUCCAAGGUGAUCACCUUCAUCGACCUGGCGGGCCACGAGAAGUACCUGAAGACCACGGUGUUCGGCAUGACCGGACACCUACCCGACUUUUGCAUGCUCAUGGUGGGCAGCAACGCUGGCAUCGUUGGCAUGACCAAAGAGCACCUGGGUCUGGCGCUGGCGUUAAACGUGCCCGUCUUUGUGGUGGUCACCAAGAUAGACAUGUGUCCCACCAACAUCCUGCAAGAAACUCUCAAACUACUCCAGCGGCUUUUGAAGUCACCCGGCUGCAGAAAGAUUCCCGUCUUGGUCCAGAACAAGGACGACGUCAUCGUCACGGCGUCCAACUUCAGCUCGGAGCGGAUGUGUCCCAUCUUCCAGAUCUCCAACGUGACGGGCGAGAACAUGGACCUCCUUAAGAUGUUCCUCAACCUGCUCUCGUCCAGGACCGCCUUCAACGACGACGAGCCCGCCGAGUUCCAAAUCGAUGACACGUAUUCCGUACCGGGUGUGGGCACGGUGGUGUCGGGCACCACGUUACGCGGCGUGAUCCGACUCAACGACACGCUCCUCCUGGGUCCCGACCCGCUGGGCGCCUUCAUCCCGAUCGCAGUCAAGUCCAUCCACCGCAAGAGGAUGCCCGUCAAGGAGGUGCGCGGCGGCCAGACUGCGUCCUUUUCGCUCAAAAAGAUCAAGCGCUCGUCGAUACGGAAAGGCAUGGUGUUGGUCUCCCCCAAGCUGAUGCCGCAGGCCACUUGGGAGUUUGAGGCGGAGAUCCUGGUGCUGCACCACCCCACCACGAUAUCACCGCGCUACCAGGCCAUGGUCCACUGCGGCAGCAUCCGUCAGACCGCGACCAUCCUGACCAUGAGCAAGGACUGCCUGCGGACCGGCGACAAGGCGGCCGUCCACUUCCGCUUCAUCAAGACGCCCGAGUAUUUGCGCUGCGACCACAAGCUGGUAUUCCGCGAGGGCCGCACCAAAGCCGUGGGCACCAUCACCAAGCUCGUGCAGUCGGUCAACACGCAGGCGGCCAAGGCGCAGCAGGCCAAGAUGCUAGCCGGCAAAAAAAUGUUCAGGGAUGGCUCAGAGGAAAUGCGACCGCCCAGUCCCAAUGCCGCGUCGCUUCCUCUCAAAUCAGGAGGCGGAGGGCGGCGGCGAGGCGGCCAGCGGCACCGAGCGAAAGGAGGUGCCAACGUGGCGGCGGCGGCGACGUCACCGGUGGGCCCCUCGACAACGGCGGUGGGCCUCGUGUAGACGCGACCGCUCAGGUUCUUCUGCACGUUCGACACGCAGGCGCACACCAACAGCGUAGCAAGGCGCAGCAAGUAAAUGCAACACUAUGCAAGAAAUUGCUGGCAAAUUUGUUUCUGCUGUCCAAAUAUGCUACUUGGAAGCAUGCACCCGUCGCUAGUUUUGGACAAAGUUAUUCACAACCACUAACAGUACACAAAUGGGAUUUUUUUUUCCCGAAGUGAUCGAUAUCAAUGGAAAAUGCCUUUGCUAAAAUCAGGAAAUCGAGCGGUAUGAAAUCCUUUUAUCGUGAUGUACUUAUCGCUCAUAUCGCCCAGCGCCGGUCCACACUUUUUUUUUUUAAUAAGCUGAGCAGAUUGUUCCCUCUCAAAGAUGGCACAAUCUGUCUUGUGUUCUUUGUUCGUCCCUUAUAAAGUUGCAAAAACAAAGAGAGAAAGAAAAGGGUUGUUGUUUCAUUUUUCAAACAGCGUUUUCAAUGUACAAAUGGUCGCAUUUAAACGAAAUGGCUGCAGUUUGUGUUGUCGAAAACCUCUUGAAUAAACGAAACUACGGGGA